AUGUCACGCAUCGCUCUGUUCGUCGCAGCUUUGGUUGCUGGCUGUAGCGCCGCCGUUUACCAGAACAUCAACGCGGCCCCUCGUAUCAACUAUGACUUUAUCAUUGUUGGAGGUGGGACUGCAGGAUCAGUACUGGCAAGGCGCCUUUCAGAGAAUCACCGUCACCAGGUUCUUCUGAUCGAAUCAGGUCCUUCACACGAAGGUGUUCUGAACAUCCAAGUCCCGUCCAACGUCGGACUCCUCUUCCGCACAGAAUAUGACUGGAACUUCACCACCACCCCGCAGACGGCGCUCAACGGUCGUGUUCUCGACUACAAUCGCGGUCAUGUGCUAGGCGGGAGCUCCUCUAUCAACGGAAUGUACUGGACCAAAGGUUCCGCCGAAGAUUACGACCGAUGGGCAAGUGUUACAGGAGACCCCGGCUGGUCAUGGAACAAUCUGUUCCAAUACACGCUCAAGAUGGAAAGCUUGGUUCCUCCUGCUGAUGGACACGACACUACGGGCCAGGUCGACCCUUCCGUCCAUGGAACUUCCGGGAACGUCAAGAUCUCCCUUCCUGGACACCCACUUGAGAUUGACCCUCUGGUCAUGGCUGCUGCCGCGGAAUUGGGUGGCGAGUUCACACCAAUUGUAGACAUGAACUCGGGUAGUCCCUUGGGAACGGGCUGGACUCAGUCCACGAUUGGCAAUGGCGAGCGAAGUAGCGCAGCCACAGCUUACUUGGAAUCCGAUUGUCUCAGGCGACGAAAUUUGCACGUUGUAGUGAACACACGAGUUACGCGAGUUCUUCAGACCAGGGGUGGACCGGGACGGGCCUUCAGAACUGUAGAGAUCGCUACCCAGAAGAAUCCGAAUGCUCCGCGAAUCCAGUUGACAGCAAAGAAGGAAGUCAUCCUUUCCGCAGGUGCCAUCGGAACGCCCCACAUCCUGCUCAAUUCUGGUUUCGGAAAUCCCAGCGAACUCGCUGCGCUGGGAAUCAGGCCCGCCGUCAAUCUUCCUGGAGUGGGAAAGAACCUCACCGACCAUCCGUUUACUUACGUUGCAUGGGAGGUUAAUUCGACCAGUACCCGCGACGUAUUGACGCUGGACCCAAAUGCUGCAGCACAAGCCUUUGGCCAAUGGUUCGCCACUCGAACUGGUCCUCUGACGAUUCUUGGGACGAAUCAGAUGUCCUGGCUGAGGAUCCCAGACAACUCAUCGAUCUGGGGUCAGUUCCCUGACCCUUCCUCUGGAAGCAACACUCCCCACUUUGAAUUGAACUUCGAUAACAGCGCCGGCUUCACUGGCGCACAAGGAGGGUACUACACCAGCGCUGGAAUUACUAUCUCAACACCAUGGUCUCGCGGCUCGGUGACACUCCAAAGUUCCAACCCCUUCGACCAGCCAAACAUCGACCCCGGACUUUUCACAUCUGCCUUCGACGAACAAGCGAUGCUUCACGCCAUCCGGACCCUGCGGAGGUUCUUCCAGGCCAAUGCCUGGAACGGAUACAUUCUGCAACCAGCCGGAGCAUGGACGGACGCGAUCAUGGAUAACGACGAAGCUGCUAUCGCUUUGCUGAAGGCCACUGUCAUCCACGCGUGGCAUGCUUGUGGGACUACGGUCAUGUCUCCCAAGAGAGCUAAGUAUGGAGUCGUUGACCCUGACCUAACGGUCAAGAACGUCCAGGGGUUGAGAAUCGUUGAUGCGGGUGUCAUGCCUUUCAUCCCAGCAGCUCACACCCAAUUCGCUGUCUAUGUCAUCGCUGAAAGGGCGGCCGAUCUAAUUAAAGCAAAGUGGUGA